AGCGCCGAACCGCUCUGCACUUGGUCUUGUAGUUGACGCAAUUGCACCUGUAGUUCGUGUUCUCUCCCUUUCAGCUCAGACAACAAUCAUUCAUGGCUGGCCAGGACCCCUGGUCUGGAUUUGAGACCCAACACCACAGCAUCAAGCUCAAUACGGUGGAUAGACUCAAACAAAUUAUCCAGGGCCUGAACGAAGAGUGUGGAACACAUAUAUCAAAGUCCGGCAAAAAGCAGGAUCUCAUUGACAGGCUUGUGAGCGUCGUAGAAGGUUGGAAACAACAAAAUAUGGUGGACCGAUGGAAUAAAGCAAAAGUCGUGUUUGAUCAAGUCAGGACUACGGGAGCAUAUUCCCCCGGAAGAGUCUCAGGAUCGUCCAUGCCGAGUACCUCGUCCGCCUCCUCAAGCAAUUAUGCCUCAACUAGUUAUGUAAAAGGUUCUGCGUAUCCUGCGCCUGUAACCGUCCGCUACGAUCCUUACAACCGAAAGAACUUGAACGUGCUCAGUCCGUCGACGUCGUCGAGUUCAAUCGUGAAGCCACCGGUCACUGCGUCUCGACAGGCAAUACAGUGGAAAGAUUCGCCCUUCUUCGAGGUAGAUCAACCAGUAUCGGGGCUCGUAGAAUGCCCAGAAACCACCAGUGCCACCGAUCGUAAACAACAAACUGUUGUGUUCUCUUUGAACGCGGAACAGUUGGAAAAGCUCAAAAGACCCAGCUCAAGAUAUCAACUAAGGCUGUUUUGCACAUCUUCCCUUUACUGGACCAAUAGCACGUCAUAUCGCAGCUACCAGGCUCCCUGUCCCAUCGAAUUUCCGCCCACCUGCGAAGUUCGGGUCAACAACGUAGUUUUAACUGCCAGCCUCAAGGGAAUGAAGAAGAAAGCAGGAACCGCACCUCCUCCAGAUUUGGGCAAAUACGUACGAAUGAAUACCACACAAAACAGGAUCGAAAUGGUGUAUGUAAACAGCCAACAACCCGCGCAACCCAAAAAAUUCUACCUGAUUGUGUUGUUAGUGGAAAUUACCAGCGUCGAUUCACUGGUAAAGAAUCUCAAACAAACGAGGAAUAGAACAUCAGCUGAAGUUUUAAAUCAAUUACAUGCAAGUGUUCAAGAAGAUGACGACAUAGUCGCAGGACCUCAAAAGAUGUCGCUCAAAUGCCCAUUGAGCUUUAUGCGAAUCAAUACACCUUGCAGAUCCGAAAAAUGCACCCACCGUCAAUGUUUUGACGCAACUUCCUGGUUUUCUGUCAUGGAACAGACUACAACUUAUUUAUGCCCAAUUUGCGAGCAUGUCUUGAGCUGGAAAGAGCUCAUUAUUGAUGGAUCCUUCGACGACAUCUUGAGCUCAUGUCCCGACAGUGUCGAGGAUGUUAUGGUUGAGGCGAAUGGCGAAUGGCAUACAAACGACAAUAAAUAUGGCUCCGCGAACUGGAAGAUAAAGCAUCCUCCCACCGGCUCAAUGAAGUUACCAUCUCCUCAUCAGGAACCACCAUUCUCAGUCAAGGCGGAGACACACGACCCCCCAAUUAGCACCAAACCGGAUAGCGAAAAAAAACUAUCCAAUGGAGCGCAGCAGAUUAUGGUUCUCGACUCGGACGAUGAAGACGAGGAGGGUAUGGUCAAACGAGAACUUUCUCCAUCGUCUGGGAACGGUACGAGUUCAAGCUCACGUCCGCCUCCAGUACAAGAAGACGUCAUUGAUCUCACGGUCGAUUCUGACGAAGAAGACGAGGUAGCUCAGCCGAAACAGGCAACUAAACGAAAGGCUUCGGAUGCAGCAUUAUCUCCCACUGAAGCUAUAUGGAAGAAAGGUCGAACGGAGGAUCACACCACUCACCGGAUAUCCAAUACCACUAAUACCCACGACGCUCCAGUUGGCCAGAGGGACCCUCGGCCCUAUUCUUACAAUAACAUUUCGCCUGGCUUACCACCCACAUAUAACGUUAGAAACUCAUCCGCCCAUCCUCCACUUCCACCUCUCAACGGAAGCUCAUAUGGAUCGCGGGCGGGCGGCGGAGGAACCCCAACACAUUGGCAAUGAGGUUUGGCGUAUCGUUGGUUUUUUGUCCGACUGUGCUCAGUGUGCACGUACCAUAGCUGUUCUAAUGUGUAAUGUAUGUAUGUAUCGCCACGUAUUUUUUCCGACAAUUCCAUAUCAUCGGUGUACGCUGGUC